GUAAAACGUGACCGGAUGUCAAGGAGCAGGCGGCGUGCCCUGAUUGGUCUGUUUCUCUGUUAUUGUGCUGCUGUCUGUAGUCAACGGCGCUGUGGAAGUUGUCCGAUCAACUAAGGUUAAUAACCAGGAACGUGAGUUGUCAGAGAAUCGGUGAUUACGUAACCUGCCAAGGAGGUAAUUUGCCCCACCGGUUGCCGACUGUCUGAUUGCUGCGUUGAGAAACUCUUAGCUUCUUUGGUGUUGAUACGUCGAGAACGUAGCACAGCAGGUUUGAAGACAGCGUGGCGCUGAACCCGAAAACAGGUGAGGAGGUGGAGAGGGGCUUUAGGCCGAGUCAUGGCUGCAGUGCAUCAUCCAGGGUACCCGCUCAGGGACUCACUUUACUGGGAUGAAACAGAGUGCCUGAACUACUAUGGGAUGUUGUCUCUCCACGAGGUCUUUGAAAUAGUUGGUUCUCAGCUGACAGAGACCGACGUUGAGGUGUUGUCAUUCCUUUUGAACGAAACCUGUUCUGCACCUCACCCCCUGGAUCCAACAGGCUGGACAGUUGAGCCCCAUGUGGAUGAUACAGAUGACUCAGGGGUCUCCCCAAGCCCUGAGCUGGUAAAAGCCUGGAGGCGGUUAAAGCCUCAGAACUCCCAAGGGCCCUUAGUGGCCUCAUGUAAGCCCACGAGUGGCCUUGAGUUGUUGUUGGAGCUGGAGAGGCGAGGAUAUGUCAGCGAUGGCAACCUAGAGCCACUACUGCAACUACUGAGAGUCCUCACUCGUCAUGACCUGCUGCCUUUCGUGUCCCACAAGAAAAGGAGGACAGCAUCUCCAGAGAGAAUUGAACACAGUUAUGGAAUGGAGAACAUAGAGUUGUUGUGCACCUCUGAAAUGCAACACAGCUGCAGACAGACAGCGAUACCUCUUCCUUCUUUCACACAGCAUUUGAGAACCGGUAUUUGCCCUCCUAUGCCUGGGCCAUCCACCAGGAGGAGGAAGAAGAGGGGAAAUGGCUGGAGCCGCAAGCCCAAGAAAACCAGCAGACCGAGCCAGCCACUGCCUCCACCGCGACUGCUACAAAAAGUGUCCUGCAAUAUUCGCCUGCGAGUCCGAGCCGAAUACCUGGAACAUGAGUCAGUACUGCGGGAUGGUGUGUCCUCGGACAAGCAGCAGCCCCUGGAGCGCCAGUUUGAGUUAUUCAGCCAAGCCAACUCGCUGCUUCGUGCCAGAGACUUAGGAUCCAUUGUCUGCGACAUCAAGUUCACAGAGCUGGACAACCUGGAGGCCUUCUGGGGUGACUAUCUGAGUGGAGCUCUGCUGGAGGCCCUGAAAGGUGUCUUCAUCACUGACUCCCUUAGGAUGGCAGCAGGCACGGAGGGCGUCCGCCUGCUGAUCAGUGUGGACCAGGACGACUACGAGGAGGGCCGAAGGCUGCUAAGUGCCUUUGGCAUUAGGAGGAGAAUGCUGUCAUGCGGUAAUGGUGGGCACACAGAGACUCGCUGGGCUGUAUAGACUGAUGAGACUCUUUAGGGUGUGUUUAUGUUAAUUUUGAAACAUGAGAAGGCUUUGGAAAAUUGUGGUUACAGGUGAAUUUGGAAGCAUUUUUAAGGCCUCCUUUUGUAGUUGCAGUCUAUGUCAUAGCCACUAGAUGGCAGCACUUACCAUCAAUUUGUGUACACAACAGGCCUUAAAUUUUCAGACUUGUUCAUUUGCAGGUGAAAUAUUAUCAUUGUUUGCGAAAGAAAAAUGAAUAAUAAUGGAUCAAUGUGCUUUCCCUUUGGAUGCACAGGUGCUACUUUGUAAGACACCGGGAUGAAACAGGAUGUAUCAAGAUUUUUCUUCUUAGUCUCAGUGAGGAACCAAGGAACAAGCAAGCCUGUGCAACGAGCCUGUGCCACAAGAUCAUGUGGUAAGCCCCUCAUGACAUUAUUGGUAUUAAACAAGUAAGGUUAAGACAGAUGGGCUGCCACACGUGAAAAUACUGCAAAAUAACUAUGUUGUGUUGAAGCGUUCGCAUGGCCGUGGUUGAGACCACACACACAGACACAUACAUAAUAAAAUCACCGCAAGAAAACCAAGCACUUAACAAACAUUUUGUUUGUAGCAGUUUAUGCAUAGACAUUGGGCAUUCAGAUUCCAACAUGUCUCUUCUCAAAAUUCUGAAAUACAAACAGAUGACUAUACCCAACAAGUCAUGGUUUAUUGUGUGGUUUUCAUUGACUUAUUGGAAAAUAAUGACAAUGCUAAUGGGUACAUCCUUAUUACAACUAAUUUAAAGUAUGAGAAAAGGUUUCUGAUCUUUAAAAAUGUGAGAGAAAAUUGAGCCUAGGCAGAAAAGUGGACUGCUCUCGGUACAGACUGACCUGUGUUUAACUUCGGAAAACCUAGUACACUCAUACACACCUUGAUAACAAACGCAGAGAUUCUCAACCCUGUGUACUUCGAUAACUCGAGUUGUGAUUACCGUGGUCAGUGGAUACGGCAGUUGCCAGUAGAUGACAGCAAUGAUUAGGGCUAGGCCUCAGCAGACCAUGGAAGAUUCAUCAUCCCAAGCUUGUCAACAGCAGCCCAGAUAAUACAAUGGUGGCUUGUGUCCGGGCUUCCAGCUAGGCCUCGCCAAGUGCUUCUCUCAGCAAGUAAAGCACAGGACAGCGCGUCGGUCAAUAGAAGUGAUGUUGGGGAGAUCAAAAUCAAAAGUGCACAUCCCAGCUCCACUCAGCCCUGCUAUGUAGGCCCAGUAGAGUGGCUCACGGACAGCUGUCUACUCACCCUGCUGGAACUAAUGCCUGGACUUCACUCAUAGAAGACGAUCAAUAAGGGCCCUCCUCUAAGUCCCUUCAUACAGGCACGACUUAAGCAGGCAGACUUGCUACUGUCUGAAGUGCAAGUGCUCUGCAGGGCCAGGCAGAGAGAGAGAGAGAGAGAGAGACAAUGGACAUAAUUUCAUGUGUACGUCUGUGUGUCUUUUGAUGAAUGCAUUUGUUGAUGUAUGAUUUAUGUUGUUUAUUAGAGGAAAAAAAAACUAAUUCAGGGGAACAUUUUUGUUAAAAGAAAAUUUGCUUUUGUUAUGGCAAUUGUUUUUGUGGAAAUCUUUAUACAUUGGACAUUAUUUCUGGUGAAAAAUAAAGGUUAUUUGUGAUCAUUGGUUAUUGAAA